CAAGGGGGAGGAGGAGGAGGAGGGAGGAGGAGGAGGAGAGGGAAGGAGGGGAAAGAGGAGAAGACAAAAGAUUCAUAAAACUAAAGCAGUUGUGGACGACAGCAAAAGUUCUUGUAAAGCGUACCUCUUACAAGUUGAAGGAAUGGGCAGCCUUCCAGUGGUCCUGCUCCUCUGCAGUUUCCACGUGCUCACAGCUGGAGCCCAAGACCAGCAGUCUGAGACGCCUGCACCUGCAGCCACCUUGCCAUCCAACUGUAGGGAGGAGAUGUACCCGUGCACCAGGAUGUACUCAGUUCACAAGCCCAUCAAGAGAUGUAUCGGUGGUCUUUGCAUCUACAGCCUCCCUCGUGUCUACGUGAUCAACAAAGAGAUCUGCAUGAGGACCGUGUGCGAGCAGGAUGAGUAUCUGAAAGCCGAGCUGUGCAGAGAGCUGUCCGGGUGGCCCAGACGUUUCGAAAGGUCAUCUAAUAGGAAACCCUGCCGCAAUCGCCGUAGCAACCCCAAAACCUGGGCAAACAACGCCUGAUGGGGGCCCUGGGAUCUGCGACGUGACCACUGGUGAGAAUGGAGCCCCCCCCCAACCCCCCCUUAGAGACACAACAACCAGAGGCGUCGUCAUAAAAACAGCCCAUAACACCAUAAAUCCACUGCUCAACACCUGGGGGUCUCUUAUGUGCUGAGUCAUAUCUAUGUUUAUGUAUUAGUCUUUUAAUUGUGUGUGAAUAUUGAAGGUGCGCUCAUUUCAUCUGUGUGUUGUUGGACACAGAUCAUGUCUUCCAUGGUUUACGAUCCAUUUAAGGUACUGUAGUAAUGGGCCUAUAGCAGCACUGAGUCGUUUCAUUGCACAAAAAAAGACCCACUCUGUUGAGGAUUGUAAGGUACUCAUUGACAAUCCAAUAUUAUGUGCACUAUUGUAUCCAAUAAAAUAUAACUACAUUUA